AUGGAAAAUUCAUCCAUACCUAGUAUCCUAGAGAAGCUUGAUGGUGCAGCUCGUGACGUGUCUGGAUUGGUUGUUAAAUGUCUUGCUCCUUUGGUGAAGAAAAUUGAUGAGGUGCUUGAUUUGGAGUAUCUACAUUCUCUGUGUGUGAUUCACCGUGAUCUAAAACUGGAUAAUUUAUUGACUGCACAUGAUGGUCAUAUUAAGUUAACAGAUUUUGGGCUGUCAAAGGUUGGUCUAAUUAACAGUACAAACGAUUUAUUUGGUCCAACAGUGAGUGUCACAUCACUAUUGGGUGAUAAUGAGACUCAGUUAUCUCUCUCAUCUCCAUCUCCAUCUCCAUCUCUGUCUGCCACUGAGACUCAACAAAAAAGACGCAAAAACUGCUUUGCUAUUGGAACUCCAGACUAUUUUACACCCGAGAUUCUUCUGGGAACUGGACAUGGUACUUCAGCGGAUUGGUGGUCUGUUGGUGUAAUACUACUUGAUCUGAUUGUUGGCAUUCCUCCUUUCAUUGCAGAGCACCCUCAGAAGAUCCUAACCAGAGACUUGGAGCUAGGGGAGCAACCGAGGUUUGCUUUCUUCUUUUUCUUGAUCAACAUUAAUCAUUGUGAACAGGAAGCUGAAUAA